AUGCCUCCAGCAACCCCAGGUCCCAGCAGGAUCGGGACUCCAGCCUACAGCACUGUGACAAACACGGCAAGCGGUCGCCGAUCACGAGCAGCCUCCACCAUUGGAGCCAGUGAGGGUCAUCUUAUCAUAUGUGCUGUCAGCGAGGCGCGAGGUGUCUCCCCCUCCGUCGGUCUCGCCUUCGUCAACGCUUCCACUGGAGAAGCCGUGCUCAGUCAGAUCUGCGACAAUCAGUGUUACGUCAAGACCAUCCAUAAGAUGACCAUUUUCGAGCCCACCCGGAUCCUCAUCGUCGAUACCGCGUGUCCUCCCAACCCAAAGAGCAGCCUCUAUUCCCUAAUUGAAGAAGAGCUACCGGAAGUACGAACUUCCCCUCUGCGCAGAAAGUACUGGUCAGAGAAUAGGGGAAUGGAUCUUAUUCAGACGCUUGCAUUCAAGGAUGAUGUCGAAGCCAUCAAGGUUGCCAUUGAAGGCAACUUCUAUCCCAUUUGCUCAUUUUCCGCGGCUAUACAAUGCCUAGACAACGAAUUCUCAAUCCACUUUGCAAAUAAUUCCCUCAGAAUCAAAUACCAACCAUCGGAGGAGGCCAUGAUGAUCAGUCUCCCGACGAUCCGGGCUUUGGAGCUCAUACAAAAUAUCCAGAACCCGUCAUCAAAAGCCAGUCUCUUUGGACUGCUGAAUCAGACCUUGACACCCAUGGGAGCAAGAAUGUUGCGCAGCAACAUCCUUCAACCGUCCACACAGGCCCAGGUGUUGACCGCUCGGCUUGAUGCUUUGGACGAGCUCUGCACGAAAGAGGAUAUGUUUUUCCAAGUCCGCGGUGCGCUCAAAGACUUCGGCGACGUCGAGAAAAUGCUCACCAAGAUCAUCGUUCUUCCCGCGGAGCCGUCUCUGGCAGCAAGCGAGCAAGCCAUCAAUGAUGUAUUGAUGAUCAAGAACUUCGUCAUGGCUGUUCCACCACUAGUCGAAUCGUUGAGGGACGCUCGCUGCGCUCUUCUUGUCAACAUUCGUGGCCUCUGUAGGCCCGAGAUAACCAAUCCCAUCUUGGAGCGAAUCUUGGGGGUUAUCAAUAGUGACGUUUCGUACAGCACGAAACCUCUCGAUCUUCGGAAUCAGCGAUGCUACGCUGUCAGGGCUGAUAUAAAUGGCAUGCUGGACGUGGCCAGGGCCACCCUCAAGGAGAUAACUGCUGAUCUGUACGAGCACGUUGAGAGACUCAAUACUCAGUUGAAUCUAGCAGCAGAUGUUAGAUUUGAGGCCAAACGAAACUUCUGGCUGCGCUUUCGUCUCUCUGAUUUUGAGAGCGGCGUUAUCCCGGGCGAACUCAUUCAUUGCAUUUCGAAGAAAGAGUUCCUUGAAUGUCAGACGCUGCGAAUGGUGCAGCUCAACCAGCGCAUGACUGAUGCUGUGAAUGAAAUCACAAUGCAGAGCGACAAGGUGGUUGAGCAGCUGCUGGAUUCCAUCAGAGCCGACAUUCCUGCUCUCUUCCGCAUUUGCGAGAGCGUUGCGCUUCUUGACAUGCUAUCCUCCUUUGGACAGACAGUCACAACCCGAGACUACGUCAGGCCCGAGCUGAAGGAUGCGCUAGCCCUCAAGGCAGGUCGCCAUCCCAUCCUUGACUCAUUUAUCCCGAAUGAGUAUUAUGCCACGAGACAGCAUGCUUUUUCUAUCGUUACAGGCUGCAACAUGAGCGGCAAGAGUACGUACAUUCGAAGCGUUGCGUUGCUGCAAGUCAUGGCGCAGAUUGGCUGCUUUGUGCCAGCUCAGUACGCAUGUUUCACCAUCAUCCACAGUUUGUUGUCCCGAACUUCAACAGAUGACAGCAUCGAAUCCAACAUGUCGACAUUCUCGGUCGAGAUGCGGGAGAUGGCUUUCAUUAUUCGCAACAUCAAUGACAGGAGUCUAGCCAUUAUUGACGAACUCGGGCGCGGGACCAGCACCCGAGACGGUCUGGCCAUUGCUAUCGCAAUGGCUGAAGCCUUGAUACAGAGCAAUGCGCUGGUCUUCUUUGCUACGCAUUUCGCCGAGCUCGCACAGCUUCUGGGAGAUCGACCUGGCGUGCUCAACUUGCACCUUGCGACCGAGACGACCAUUGCGGACGAUGAUAUUCCCAAAAUGACGAUGCUAUACAAGGUAGGUGCCGGCCCUGUGAAAGAGGAAAACUACGGUAUCAACCUUGCAAGAGCCAUCGGAUUUCCUCAAACUUUCCUCGAUUUGGCCGAGAAAACCAGCAACUCCCUCAGAGAGACGGCUGAGGCCAAGAAACAGUGUUCUGAGUCGCGAAAGCUGGUGCGGCGUAGGAAGUUGGUUUUGAACGUCCAUGAAACAUUGCAGCAAGCCUAUCACAGCGGGAUGGACGGUGGGGCGCUUAGGAGUUACCUGCGCCGACUUCAGACUGAGUUCAUCACGCGGAUGGAGGAGAUUGAGAAUGACGGAAUGCAAGAUGGCCCUGGGUAGACUGAUUGUCGGGAUCACCUCGUGAUAAUGAGUUAGCAACAUGGCGAACAUGCACACCUUGUUUAGCCAGUCACGUUGCUCUCUUUACUUUACUCCCACUAACUAAAUUCUGAUGAACGCAAGCGGCGAUGUUCGAGUUCCACUGCAAGUGAUGACUCUCCAUUUCGUCUUCUCGUAUCUAAUUACUAGCCUAUGCUUGGAUUGGGGGUAUACUAUGGUAAGGAUCGGCCGGCCCUCGUCCCCUCCGCCUGGUAUAAAAGUAAAAAAGGCUCUGGAUGAACAACAAUAAAGCGCAAUGCAAUGAGCCAAUCUGUCUCUCCCGAGCUUGAACUGAGAUGAUGACUACGUACCAUCUUCGAACCCGCCCCUGCCCCUCUUUUUGAUCUUUCUCGUCGACGAAAGAAGAAUCACUGAAAAUGCUCAUUUGUGCUUACAACGUAACAGGUAUCAAGGAGUAGAUCACCUGGAGCAGGCCGGGGGAUCAAGUGGUAUCAUCGCUCUGCCGCCAGAUGUGUGUAUCACCCAGGCUAAACGAGCUGGAGUUACUACUCGCGCCCGGGGCCGAGGCCCGAAGCCCGUCGUUACUACUGCUAUUACCAAUCCCGUUUGCGUCCUCCCUGCCGCCUACACCGUUGAGGACGCUCCCUUGCCCGGGCUCAUACUGAUAGAAGCCUUCGGCGCCGCCCUCACCGGCUAGUGAAUCUCUCGUCAAGAGGGGUGGCGGGUCGGCAUAGAUCCAAGGCUGCUCGAGCGGCAUGGUGAAGCUGGGGUUGAUGAACCGCGCGCCCUUCUCGCGGUCCUCAUCGACUGUACUCCUCCUGCGGCGGAGGGCCUCAAUGGGUUGGCGGCCAGGUCCGCCAAAGAUCUCGUCGUGGACGAUGUUAGCGCCGCCGCCGUUUGGAU